GUCUCGCUUUUUUGAUAGCCGUACACGAUCAGUCGGUCAAUGGCAACCGGUCGUUGUACAAGUUGCGCGUACGUUUAAUUUAUUUAUUACGAAUUUUCGGUUGCGUUUUUUUCUUUCUAUUUAAUGAACUAUCGUUCGGAAGCCAGUAAACAGUAAAAUAGUGGUAAACAGCAGAAAUAAUAACAGUAUUAUGUCGUCGUUUUCGAUUGAGCGGCUGUCGCGUCCGCUGGCUAAACACGUCCGACGAUUCGGCACUAAAGUCAUAAACAAUGUGCGGACUACGCGUGGAAAUUACGCAAAGGUCACGUCCGCCGAUGUCCAACACUUUAAAUCAAUAUUAGGCGAAGGUAACGUGUUGACCGGAGACCAGGACGUGCAACCAUACAACGUGGACUGGAUGAAGUACAUGUCCGGGGAGAGCCGGACGGUGUUAAAGCCAAAAACUACAGAGGAUGUGUCGGCUAUAUUAGAGUAUUGUAACGACAAAAUGAUAGCGGUAUGCCCCCAGGCGGGCAAUACCAGCAUAUCCGGGGGCAGCGUAGCGUUGUUCGACGAGGUGGUCUUGUCCAUGCAAAGAAUGAACAACAUCAUUGAUUUCAAUCCCCUGUCCGGAGUGUUGGUGUGCGAAGCGGGAUGCGUGCUCGAAUCGCUGAUGGGGCACGUGGAGAGUCACGGGUUCAUGAUGCCGCUGGACUUAGGAUCGAAGGGCAGCUGUCAGAUCGGCGGCAACGUGUCUACCAAUGCUGGCGGCAUACGAGUCAUACGGUACGGCACUCUGCAGGGGUGCGUUCUGGGACUUGAAGCCGUAACCGCUGACGGCUCGGUACUAGACUGCCUGAAUACCAUGAGAAAAGACAACACAGGAUAUCAUUUGAAACAUUUGUUUAUCGGUUCAGAAGGAACGUUGGGCGUAGUCACCAAAGUAGCCAUCCUCUGCCCAAUUCUUCCCAAACACAUCAGUGUGGCUUUUAUAGGUUUGGACAGCUACGAAAAAGUACUAAAACUGUUUUCGAUCGCCCGGCAGGAGUUCGCCGAAACGCUGUCGUCUUUCGAACUCAUGGACAACACAACAAUAACCGCUGUAGAAGAUAACCUCAAACUCGGUUGUCCUAUCGCCAACGUACAUCCGUUCUACGUGCUAAUCGAACUGGCUACCAGCCAGCCAAAUCUGAACCGCCACUUGGAAAAUAUACUGGAAAAAGCGUUAGACGAUUCGAUAAUCACCGACGCCACGACCGCCGACCAAACGUCCACUAUCAACAAAAUAUGGAAAGUGCGCGAGAGAUCCAUAGAAGCCCUAAUGAAGUACGGAUACGUUUAUGCCUAUGACAUAUCCACGCCGCUCAAUUGUUUCUACGACAUAGUAGAACUGUUGCGAGACAAGUUGAAAGACGUAGCCGACUGCAAAGCCGUAUGCGGCUUCGGUCACAUUGGUGACGGUAAUUUGCAUCUGAACGUGGCCACGAGGGAGUACAACAAGGAGUUGUCGGGAAUCAUCGAGCCGUUUGUUUACGGAUGGACGUCCGAGUGCCGGGGGAGCAUUAGUGCUGAGCACGGGAUUGGCUACAUAAAAAGGAAUUACCUCGAACGCACUAAGAACGGCAAGGCCCUUGGUCUGAUGCAAAGUCUAAAACACACUAUGGACCCCAAGUGCAUACUGAAUCCCUACAAAGUCAUACCUCCUUCCGAAACGUGAUUAGCCGGAUUAAGUACGAACUUCGCUCUGGGUCCGAGCGGGGACAAUAAAAGCAAAAUGGUCUCGUUAAUCAAUACAGCUCUGUGUACACACGCACUCAUAUUUAAUAGACAACCCUUGUAUAAUACAACACAGGAGAUUUCACGAGAGAGGGGGGGAUAAACUCGUCAACCAGUAGAAGAAUCAUAUUUAUCCGUCGCACAUAACACAUUCAAAACUUGUUGUAAUUUUAAUCAUGUAUUAAAUUUGUCGCAUAUUAUAUUGUUACUGUAGUACGUACGUUUACAUCGUGUUAACAAAUAAUAAAUUAAUUUCUUCGGUUAGGUUGCUCAAUCGUUAGUUAUAAUAUUAUAAUGUAUGCACAAUCGACGACAACUCCAACAUCUUUUUUCCAUUAUGUUUCCGAUUAAUUAACCCACGUCAUCAUAAUAGUAAUAUAAUACAACCAUUGAUUAUAAAUAUUAUUAUAAAAUAUAUAAUGUGUCCGGCCAGUCACGGUGUGCGGGCCGGAAAUAGGUAUUGAGUCUUUCGACAAGGUGGUCUUGAGCGGUACUAAAAUGAUGUUCAAGCGAAGAAUGAACAACGUUGUACGAUUAAUAUCCAUCUCGUGUUCAUUUUAUUUAUAAUUGUGUUAAACGUUCGGUUUGAACAAUUAUUCAGCAAUUUAGUGUUAUUCCGUUAGUUUUAAACAACUCGUUCCAUCACUACCGAAAUGUAGGUACAAAGAACAAUUAAUGGACUACAGAGCAACCAUACCAUAUUGUAGGUAGGUAUGCUGCUGAAAUCGCCAACGCAAAAAGGAUUAAAACGACUGAGUUAACAACAUUUAAAUAGUUUUGCGGUAUUUGUUUGUUAUACUAGUUAUACGGUAAAUUUUAAUUGUACCGUAUUAUUUAUUAGAUCCGAUGCAGUAGUUACACAGUGUAUUUUGUUUCAAUAAUACAGCGGUUGUAACCGCUCGGUAUUUAAUACACAUUUUCUACAUCGAAAAAUACAAACAACUAGCUAAACUUGUAGGGGUGGCAUCGAUGGAUUUAUAUAAUUCAUCAAAUUUACUGAUUGUGCACAGUGUAUAUACCGUACAGAUUGUAAAUAAAAUAUUUUAGUCAAUACAAAAAAAAAAAAUUCUAUAUCCGUACCUAAUCUAGUACAUAUCGAAAUAUUUU